AUGCUGCACUCAGUGGUCGGCCAAGACUUGACACCGGAACAGCAAGCCAAUACCAACCGGACAUUGCAUAUUGGCUAUGUCAUCUAUGAAGGAUUUACGCCGUUAGACAUCUGGGGUCCAAUGGAGCUUCUUUUCCAGCUCUCGAAUAUGCGCAAUAUGACCCUCUCCGUCAUAUCUCACAAAAAAGGCCCGGUGAACGCUCGAUCACCACCUCAUGGUGUAGGAUAUGACCCUGAAAUCGGGGCUGCAGACUACAGCAACAUGAUUAAUCCGCAGAUGAUCGCCACGCACACGUUCGAGGAUGCUCCUCAUCUUGACGUUAUUGUUGUUCCUGGCGGUGCGGGCUACUUCCGUCUCGUCGAGGAAGCCAACAACACCGUAAUGGAAGACUUCCUCGCGCGCCGUGCGCCGGAUGCCGACUACUUGGUGAGUGUGUGCAUCGGGUCUGUUAUCUUCGCACGUGCGGGAUUGUUAGCGGGCCGCCGAGCCACAACGAACAAGGCAUCAUGGGCCUGGGCAACCAACCCCAAUCACGGCGCCAAUAUUACAUGGGUACCGAGCGCACGUUGGGUCCAAGACGGCAACAUCUGGACCAGCUCUGGCGUCGCCGCGGGCAUAGACAUGAUGUGGGCUUUUCUCAGGCAUUUGUACGGACCCAUACUCGACAAGGUUGUGAACGGCAUCGAAUAUACACCCCACACAGAUCCGGACUGGGAUCCGUUUUCGGUAGUGUUCAAGGUUCCUGGCGCGAGCCAGAAUGAAACGCUUGUCAAGGAAUGCGAUGUGCCCAUCCCUACGUUGACUUGA